UGACUUGUUUGGCAAAGUAUAUUCAAGUACUUUUGGCUGAGAUAAGGAUGAGCCGCGGAGAAGCCGUUGCGGCUCAGACAGAGGGCUGUAAAGAGAUGAUUCCAUUGGCAUUUGCCUUCGCUUGCCUCGCAGUCGCGAGGUCGUACAACGUGUCCUCCUGGCCACCAGCAGACCUCUACUGGGACGGCCAGUGCAAACCCUGCCCUGCCAUCCUUUACCCGGAUGAUCACUGCUCCCAGGGAGGCGUUCUCGUGGGCGAGCGCGGCUGCGGUGUUGCAUUUUGCGAGGGUCAAUGUACAGUGCCAGACCUUACGGGCGCGCCAGAGCCGGACUUCUACUGGGACGAUCAGUGCACGGCCUGUCCCGCCAGGCUGUACUCGAACCAGCACUGCGGCCGGGGCGGCCGCAUCGUAGAGGAGCGCGCUUGCGGCCCGGCGAAGGCGCACUGCGAGGCCAAGUGCCGGCUGCCGCAGUCCACGGCCUCUCCGCAGCCGGAGCUUUACUGGGACGGCCAGUGCAAGGCGUGCCCGGCCUCACUCUACAGCCAUUGCUCCCGGGGGGGAACUUUGGUGGGCGAGCGGGGCUGCGGCUUCGCGAACAUCUUCUGCGAGGGCCACUGCCAAAAGCCGGCACCAGCACCAGAGCCUGCGGACUGGAUCAUCGUGGGGGGCGGCGCCUCCGGCUGCGCAGCUGCGGCCGCCCUGGCAGAUGCGGGCGAGGAGGUGCUGGUGCUGGAGCGGGGCGCUUCCGACCUGGAUCGCCCUUUGACGGAGUUUGCACACACCUGGCCCCAGGUGGUCAACUCCAAGGCCGCGCAGCUCAUCCGCUGGAGGGACGGCACCUGGGGGGCGGUGGCCAACGUCUUGGGCGGCGGCACAGAGAUCAACGGGGGGCUCUACAUCGAGGAAGAGCCGGACUUCUUCAAGGAGUCCUUUGGAGAGGAUUUCCAGCUGGAGGAGUUCUACAACAGCUCCUCCUGGGUGGCGCAGCGCCUGGCCGAGCCGCUGCAGGCCUCCCAGUUCGGCGCCAGCUAUGCGGAGGCCCUGCACGAGGCUGGCGCUGGCAGAGCCAAACCAAAGCCGAGCUUGCGGAUGGUUGAGAAUUCUUCCUGGGUGGCCUACUCCACCUUCAACACCUCGGCAAAGACCUGGCAGAGGCGAGGCGCUGCGGACCUCCUCCACGAGCGAUCCUCCAUGAAGAACCUCAGGUUCUUCACGGGUUACCAGGUGCUGAGAGUCAACUUCAAGGGCUCACGCGCCACCAGCGUCCUGGUGCAGAACAACUUUGGGCAGACGGUGACCGUGCAAGCCAAGAAGGGCGUGAUCCUGGCGAGUGGCGCCAUCUUCACCCCCCAGCUGCUGCAAGUCUCCGGGGUGGGCGACCCCAGGCUGCUGAGCAAGCUGGGGGUCAAGGAGGUGGUGGCCAACGAGCAUGUGGGCCAGAACUUCGUGGACCGCGCCAUCAUGAACUUUGGAGUGUGGUCCUCCCAGGAUCGACCGCUUUACAUCGGCUACGCCAUGUCCUCCAACUCCACGUCAAAGAUUACCAUCGAAAGUGAAGGCUGGGGCAAGAUCGCCAGCUCUUUUGCCGCAGUGUCCCUGGCUUUGUUCCCGCCGGAUCAGCGAAGCGAAGCGAUGCGCGCGACCAUGGGGCCCCUCUUCAGCGGCCCAAUUGGGAAGAUGUUGGACCAGAUGAUCCAAGUGGUGGGUCUGAAUCACAAGACCUACUCUCGCGGGAGUGUGGAGGCGAAAUCUUCGAAUGCGAGGGACACCCCGGAAGUGACGGCGAACUACUUCAAGGAUGAGCGAGAUAUGCAGCAGCAAUUCACCGCAAUGGAAGCGCUGAAGGAGGUCAUUAACUCCGAGGCCAUGCAGCACCUGGUGAAUGCCGAUACCUUCAAGGGCGCGGGCGCUGUGGUCCCGGUGUACCUCAGCUGCCUGGAUCAGGGACCGCAGACAGAUGCCAGAGCCAUUAUCAUCCCCUGUUUGCCGAAAUCCGGCGCUUCCCGUGAGGAGUACGAGGAGCACUUCAGGAAGACCAUCGUGUCUUCCUAUCACUACUUUGGUACUGCCUCCUUCGGGAAGGUUGUGGAAGGAAGUGAGUUCAAGGUCAAGGGCACCGACAACUUGCACGUGGCAGACGCGUCUAUUUUUCCAGAUCCCACGCGCGUUAAUCCACAAGGCACCAUCAUGGCAAUGGGCCACUACUUGGGCACGCGCUUGGCCAAAACGGGAAGGCGCCUCAGCUUGUACGUAUGAGGAGGCGGAAGUGAGCCCCAGUCCUAGCGAUGGAUGGCUAUGGGCAGUGAGGAAUGAGACCCUGCCUGCCUAGGAUUUUGGAGGUAUGAAAGGUACCCGCAGGUGCCAUCUGGCUGUUGCCUCGUUUGCACCCAGAGACUUAUUCGGAAAGGCGGCUGUGGCACAAGUCGACAGCUGUCAGUACAGGCCAGGAUUGCAGAGGUCUUUCUUGGCACUAAUGGCACUAAUUGACUUUUGACCCCACAAGGGGAGAGAUGUCGUUCUUUGCCUGAUGUUCGCAGGUUGUACAGGCAUUCAUGCUGAGCUCGAGGCUUCGACUCAUGGUUUGCCGAGUGGAUUCCAGGUUUUGGUAGACA